UCUCUCUCUCUCUCUCUCUCUCUCUCUCUCUCACUUGCAAUACUUUCCAUCUAGUUACUCAAGAGAAUCAGAUUCCGUUUUCUAAUAUUUUUCCUCUGCUAUUUAAUCUAAGCACUGCACUUUGAUCCUAACAUGGGAUUAUACCCGCCAGACAAACCUCAAAUGGACGGAGGAGUCAAAGAAUCGGAAGGCAAGAAAUGGGUGGUCGCCGGAAUUCCGUUGCGGAGACAACUGAAGCCUAUUUUCACGAAACCGGCACCGGAGAAACAGCCAGAAAACGACGAAGGGGAGCUCCCGACGACUCCGACCGGGGAGGAAGCCAGAGUCCCGGCCAGGGUGACUUGUCCGGCGGCUCCGAGGAAGCGCAAAUCUUCUCCAAUGUGUCAUUACGGUAGUGUUAGAGAGUUUUUCAAUCCGCCGGAUUUGGAAACUGUUUUCAUUCGCCGUGUUGAGAGUGCCUAACUUUUAAUCUAGACUUGACUAUUGUUAAUUACUACUUAUUCUGGUCGAUCUUUAGCUUUCUUUUUCUUUAAUUUCUUUUGCCAUUAGCUCUUUUCAGUGGCCAGGAGUUCAUCAUGUAAAUGGCUUGUUAGGAGUAAAAUGACAUGUAACUUUUGCUUUGGUUCUUUGAGUUUCUGUCAAACUACUCUAUUAAUUACUCUUGUCAAAUUAGUGCACUUUAAUCUUUCAUUGUCA